AUGGAAUACGAAAUGGACAUCGAGCCCACCGGGCCCCAAGUGACGGUCCGCGAGGCCGAACCCUACCGCGUAGACUUCAAACUGAGCUCGGUGGACCUCGCCUUCGCCAACUCGCUCCGGCGCACGAUGCUGGCCGAGAUCCCGACGAUGGCGAUCGACCUGGUGGAGGUGGAGAAGAACACGUCGGUGCUGCCAGAUGAGUUCCUGGCGCACCGGCUGGGCCUGAUCCCGCUCAACUCCAAGAACUGCGACCAGGACGUCGAGUACACGCGCGACUGCGAAUGCGACGACCGCUGCUCGCGCUGCAGCGUCACGCUCACCCUGCACGCGCGCUGCACCGGCGACGAGAUCAUGCGUGUCUACGCCCGCGAUCUCGCCGUCAGCGGCGAGCGCGCAAACGAGUGGGUGGGCAACCCCGUCAUCACCGACCCCGAGGGCAAAGGUCCCUUGAUCUGUAAGCUGCGGCGCGGCCAGGAGUUGAAGAUGACUUGCAUCGCGAAGAAAGGUAUCGCCAAGGAGCAUUCGAAGUGGGCGCCUACCGCUGCUGUUGGGUUCGAGUAUGACCCGCAUAAUAAUCUGCGGCAUGUCGAUUAUUGGUAUGAGGAGGAUGCCGCGAAGGAGUGGCCUAUUUCUCAGAACUCGGCUUGGGAACAUGCCAAUCCGCCUGACCAGCCGUUCGACUACGACGCUCAACCGAGUAACUUCUACAUCGAUGUCGAGAGUAUCGGCAUGAUCGAUCCCGAUAUGAUCAUUCAGCAGAGUAUCAUCGUGAUGCAGCGCAAACUGGCCUCCGUCAUUUCGUCGCUGUCCGGCUCGGGUGAGGGCGGCGCGGAUCGCAAUGGCAUGAUGGGUGGUGAUGACGAUGAUAUGAUGGGUGUGCGCAGUCCCGAUGGCUAUGAGCCACCGGAGGGUAUCGAUGGUGGCUUCACGGCCUAUGCAAGCGGCGGAGCCAGUGCUUGGGGCGCCAGUGCUGCAACGCCGUACGGUGUCACGCCCUAUGGCGGUGGC